AUGCAGAAGAAGAUGAGACUGGUGAAAAUAUUCAGAUAUGAAAGAGAAGAAGAUGAGAUUAGAGAAAUUAUGCAGAAUCAAGAAAGAGAAGACGAAAGUGGAGAAAAUAUGCAGACUGACUUUAUUUUUAACAUAAAUGACACAAUUAUAGUUAGAUAUUAUCUAAGAAAAACAUGGAAACAUCAUAUAGGAGUUGUUGAGAGUAUAGAAUUCAAGGACGGAUUAAAUUACUAUCAAGUAAAAUUUUUGAAAACUAUCAAAGAAUCGUUUAAUUCUUUGAAGUUUACAUUCCCAAGAAAAUUAGAUAUCGAUAUUAUAACAAACAAUUCUAUCGUCAAGAAAGUAAAUUUGAUACAAAAGGAAGAAGCUUCUAAGGAAUAUUACCUGGAAGAAGAUCGCGAUCUAAUUUUCUUCACAAAAAUUACUUUUAUAUUGUAA